AAUUCAAACCAUCCUCCUGCAAGCGAUAUCAUCCACCCGACUCCAACAAAAUGCCCACGCCCAUCGUCCCCUACGAAAUCGCCGAAGUCAUCCGUCUCAAGAAAUCCCAGUACUGCCGAUUCGCAGAUACACACGAGUGGGCUGCCUUCGAUAAUAUAUUCCUUCCCUCGCUGAAAGCCACAUUCAAUGCGCCUGACGGAGCAGUGCUGGUCGAGAACGGCGUGACCUUCUCCUUCGACAGCCGCGAGGCCUUCGUCGGAUUCUUCUCCAAGGCAUUCGAGACGCAGCAGACGAUUCAUGUUGUUGGGCCUGGGGAGUUGGAGCUUGUUUCUGAGGACGAGGUGCGUGCUGUAUGGCCGGCUACAUAUCAUUGCGCGAGUCUGGGAGCUGGUGGGGGGUGGAGGGGCACUGGGGGAGGGUAUUAUCGGGAGGUUUGGAAGAAAGUAGACGGGGAUUGGUUUAUGGGCAGUUUGAAAUUUGAGAGGUGGUUCUGGAGGGUGCAGCAGGAGUCUUAAUCUGAUAUUGAAACCUGUUUGGCUUCAUUCCCUGGUUAAUUGCUAUUGCUAUUGCUAGCCGCGUCGAUGGCGUCUACCCCUCUAUACUCAAAAUAUCUAUUCCACUCGGGAUCCUCAAUCAGCGUCUGCGCCAGGUCUCUCUCGUAGAAGAUAGCAAACUCGGGGCCCUCGUCCGAACCCUCGUCGUUCACACGCGGCGGAUAGACAACAAUCACCCCGUUGGUAAUACAGUCCAGUAAAUGGCGGUACGCAACCGGAGUCGCGAAGCCAAAGUUUGCCGCCGUGUGGUUCAAAUCGCGGUGAUCCGUCAUGAGAAUCGACAUGGGCGGCAUCGAGUCGCACCGGAUGUUCAGCGAUGUCUUGUCGCGGACUGUCGCGACCAUGC